AUGGCACUGGUUGCACGAUUGUGGCGCUUUCUCCCUUUGGGACGUGGCGCCGUCCUGUGGCCUCAGCUAUUGAUGAGAGCUCCGCGCGGCUGCGGCCGGUGUGGCUUCGGGCGACUCUGCGGCUUUGAGGUAAUAGGACACCCAGGAACUUUCAAAAGAGGCCUUUUAUUCUCAGCUUUGUCUUAUUUGGGUUUUGAGGCUUACCAGGUCCUUUCUCAGGCUGCAGUGGUUCAUGCCACAGCCAAAGUUGAAGAAAUCCUUGAACAAGCAGAUUACCUAUAUGAAAGUGGAGAAACUGAAAAACUUUAUCAGUUGCUGACCUCAUACAAGGAAAGUGAAGAUGCAGAGUUACUGUGGCGCUUGGCACGAGCAUCACGUGAUAUAGCUCAACUUAGCAGAACCUCAGAAGAGGAGAAAAAGCGACUGGUGUAUGAAGCCUUAGAAUAUGCAAAAAGGGCACUUGAGAAAAAGGAAUCAAAUUUUGCAGCUCAUAAGUGGUAUGCAAUUUGUCUUAGUGAUGUUGGAGAUUAUGAAGGCAUCAAGGUUAAAAUUGCAAAUGCCUACAUUAUCAAGGAACAUUUUGAGAAAGCAGUUGAACUGAACCCUAAAGAUGCUACUUCAAUUCACCUUAUGGGUAUUUGGUGUUAUACAUUUGCUGAGAUGCCUUGGUAUCAAAGAAGAAUUGCUAAAAUGCUGUUUGCAACUCCUCCUAGUUCCACUUAUGAGGAGGCUCUAAGCUACUUUCACAGGGCGGAACAAGUGGAUCCAAACUUCUACAGUAAAAACUUGCUACUUUUAGGGAAGACAUAUUUGAAACUACAAAACAAAAAACUUGCUGCUUUCUGGCUGCUGAAAGCCAGGGACUAUCCAGCACACACAGAGGAAGAUAAACAGAUACAGACUGAAGCGGCUCAAUUGCUUACAAGUGUCAGUGACAAGAAUUGAGAACUUUCCAGGGAAGACAGAACAUGAACAUCUAAAAAACAUUACCUUUU